AUCAGGGCAUCAAACCCUCUGCCAGAGCUCUGAAACGGCAUUGGUCACAUUCCUGAUUGCGUGACGAACACGGAAGUUAAGCGUCUCUGUGAUGUGAUGUGAUCAAAAUGAUCGGCGAUCUGUUGAUAUUCGGGACCUUACUGGUCAAUGCAGGGGCUGUGCUGAACUUCAAGCUCAAAAGGAAGGAAUCCCAAGGAUUUGGAGAUGAGUCCAGAUCACCGACAACAGGUGACAACAUCAGAGAGUUUCUGCUCAGCCUUCGAUACUUUCGGAUCUUCAUCGCUCUAUGGAACAUCUUCAUGAUGUUCUGUAUGAUCCUAUUGUUUGGGUCAUGAUCAACAUAUGUGGACUGGACUUUCGUCAGGAUGCUGAUUUCCCAAGGUGGAUGCAAUAAACUUCUCCUUAAUAGGACUUUGCUCUUCUUGUGGCCCUUUUAACUGUAAUUAUGCUUCAUAUUCUUUACAACCCCAAAUCAUAAAUCUGCUUCUGGCUGUACAGGAAUUUAUGAAUCGAGUAUUUAUUUUGUCUUACAAAGGUUGUUACAUGUGUACCCUUUUUGUUUAAGCUGUAUCUGCACCAGCACCCUUGCCUUUGCUGGAUAUGUGUUGUAUUGUGCCCCUGUGCUUCAUUAUAGAGCAGGAGCUGUUUUCUCCAGCAUGUCAGUUUGCUUAUUAAAGCAGGGUUGAAAAUGAUGAACAGCCUCCACUAACCAGAUAAAAAACGUUUUCUGUGAGUUGUUACCUGUGUGUCAUCAUUUAAGGGUCCUGCAGUUAUCAAAGCUGGAAGAGAACCUUUUGACUUACCACGAUCAUCUUGCUGAAGUGUCAUUUUAUCCCUUUUAUUUGCAAAAGCUGCACAAAUUCAGCUGGAUUCAACAGAAGAGUCAAAAUGAUUCUUGUCACUUAUGAACUCAUGAACUCUACAUCCUUCUGUACAAACAUCUCCAAAUUUACUCACCAGCUGUUAUGCUCUGGUGAAUGUCCACUCAGAUAUUUAAUACAGAUUAAAAAAACAUUUUCCUUUAUUUUGGGUACAUGUGCUGUAAGUAAAAAUAUAUGCCCUACAAUGUAAAUGUGUCCUUAUUCUUAACAAUAAAAUUACUGUUUUUCUUA